GAAGAAGCCCGGUCUCGCGAGAUCCUGUUGGUUCCGCAUUUCGGCUCUCGGAGCGGUGGGAGGCAGCGCGGAGGAUCCCGUGGUCGGUGCUUGGUCGCGGCGGCUGUAAUUCGGUAUCAAACCCCGGCCGUGAAGCUUCGGCAGCCCUGUUGAGCCGCAGACCGCCCUCUGCUUCCCGGUGCCCGCGGCGGCGCCGAGUCUGACGGGGAGGGGGCCACGGCCCCUCGGGCUAGCGAGGAUGAGCUUCCUCUUCAGCAGCCGCUCUUCGAAAACAUUCAAACCAAAGAAGAAUAUUCCUGAAGGGUCCCAUCAGUAUGAACUCUUAAAGCAUGCAGAGGCAACUCUCGGAAGUGGCAAUCUGAGGCAAGCUGUUAUGUUGCCUGAGGGAGAGGACCUCAAUGAAUGGAUUGCUGUUAAUACUGUGGAUUUCUUCAAUCAGAUCAACAUGUUGUAUGGAACCAUUACAGAAUUCUGCACUGAGGCAAGCUGCCCAGUCAUGUCAGCAGGUCCCAGGUAUGAAUACCACUGGGCAGAUGGCACUAAUAUUAAAAAGCCAAUUAAGUGUUCUGCACCAAAAUAUAUUGACUAUUUGAUGACUUGGGUUCAGGAUCAGCUUGAUGACGAAACACUUUUUCCUUCUAAGAUUGGUGUCCCAUUUCCCAAAAACUUUAUGUCUGUGGCAAAGACUAUUCUGAAGCGUCUCUUCAGGGUUUAUGCCCAUAUUUACCACCAGCACUUUGACUCUGUGAUGCAGCUGCAAGAGGAGGCCCACCUCAACACCUCCUUUAAGCACUUUAUUUUCUUUGUUCAGGAGUUUAAUCUGAUUGAUAGGCGUGAGUUGGCACCACUUCAGGAAUUAAUUGAGAAGCUUGGAUCUAAAGACAGAUAAAUGUUUCUUCUAGAACACAGUUAUGCUCUCCCUCUAUCUACUGCUAGCACUCUCUCAUUGCUGUCUGGUAUGGACUAUGUGAUACUGACUACAAGAAACCAGGAUCAAAAGAUCCAUUGUGUCUGCAGAGAAAAUUGUCCCAAAGGUAGGUUGGCCAGAUAGCUUCAGAACAAUCCAACGACCACAGUUAAAUCAGAGGUGCUGUGUGGCCACCUGUCACUGCUAGUGUCCUUCUUUGUUUAACCCAUGACUAACCUUAGUUUGUUGCUGAGCUUUGUUCAAGGAAAUGAGUUUUUCUGUGUGACAACAUAAUGGACAGUAAGAAUUUUCAGCAGCAACCUAGUAGUAAGUUUCUAGAACAGAUGUCUUAGCGCGGAUCAGUUUGCUUUGUUUUACAAAUCAGUGGUGUUCUCUUUCUAAACCCCAACGUUUAGAACUUCUGUCUUACUCUGGAUAGCCUUGGGUCACAUUUGUAUCCUGAUGUUUUAUAGGCAAGAGUGUAUGUUUCUUAGCUAGGCUCGGUGGUCCAUGCCUGUUACCUGACAGCUGUGGAGGCAGAUGGAGGAUCUCACUUUGAAGCUGGUUUGAGCUACAUUGUGAAAUUGUUGCUAAAAAAAAGUUUGUUUUGCAAACUCCACAAUGCAUAAAUCACAGGCAUCUGGACUGAGGUAACCGAAGCUAUUUUAAAUGAUUCUAUCUUCUAAACGUGUUUGGGAUUGUCUUUAUGACUAGAUGAGGAGAGUGCAUGGCUUCUGACGGUGCCUUGCAGGUUCUCAUCUGGGACUCUUCACUCAGAUUAAUUUCAUAUGUAGCUUGGGGCAGAGAUCAAAACAACUUUCAAAACUCUGUGACUCACUUGGGCCUUAAAGCCACUGUUUUCAUUGAUGUUUCCUUGCCGUUUUUGAGGGACAGUAGAAAAAGUAUUCAGACUACUUGAUUAUUUCCUAAAUAAGUCCAUGUUUUUAUUGCAACUUGAAACUUAUGUUUCUGUAUAGAAAUGCACAGACUUCAUGGCAAUAAGGACGAAGGUCAAAACCACAGAAUAGCUUGCGGGGGUGGGGGUGGGGGUGGUGUGUGUGUGUGACAGCAGGUCUCCUUGGGCCUGUUAGAGCUGGAGACCCAGCAAAGAGAGUGAGUUGAUAGUAACUUGGCUUCAUUCUUCACACAGGCUACAGUGACCUCUAGAGCUUCUAUCCUACUUGUCUUUGUAUCAAAACUUGAAUUUUUCCUCAUUCUGUCAGGAUAAAAGACUCCUCUACUCGGGAAGUGCCUGCUUUUCUUGUGGUCCUCAGAUCUAGUCAGCUCUGGCUGCCUCCUCAGAUGUACAAUGACAUCCCAGGGAUUCUGGACACUUGCCCAACAGGCAGAGCUGGAGUUUAUCAGCGUUGUGUGUCAGAGCUGGGACUUAACACAGUGCUCAUUGGCCUCCUAUAUGGCUUUAUAAAAGUUAGAGUUGGUGAGGUUUUUGUUAUUUAUUUUGAUUCCACUAGACUAUACUGGAAAGUAUUGCUUAGAAACUCCAGUUUUUUUUAACUCAUUUUCAGUAUGUUCUUAAGUAUACUCAGAAUUUCAAAGGAACUGUUUUGUCUUUAUUUUGCCUGAAAUCACAUAUCACCGUUAGAGGAAUUCAAGUUGGAAUACUGAUUUAGGGAAAAAAGGACAGCUUGGAAACAGCUCACAACCCAGGUGUAUGCAGAGGUCCAGAUAUCAGCUGCUGUGCAAGUGUGUGACCGUCACCUACAGACAGGCUUCUAGGUGACACCAAGAACGCAUCACCCCUUAACCCCAGGCUCCAUUUACUUUGAUUUGCCUUAGUCUCUAAGGAAUGAAAUUCUCUUUCUCAGCCAGGGCCCAGUCACUUUUAUGAAUUCUGACACCCUCAAAUCAAAGGUUUCUCUUUUCUCUGCAUGUAUUUCAGGGAUAGAAAUGCCUGAGCUCCAGGUGGAUAGACGCUAAGAUACAGAGGAGGCAGCUCAUUAGUGGAAUAUAAAGCAAAGGCUUGGUGGUGAAAAAGUGUCUCCAUUUUUUUGUUGUGUCCCCCUCCUCUUUUUACCUUUUGUCUUUCAAAAUGAGAACAGUGCUAGACUCCCAAACCAACCUGCCUUAAUCAGUGUGCACUGUGCUCACCUCUGAGGCAAAAACAUGAGAGGAGGAUGUCUUUCUGUCCUUGGCUAGAGGGUCGAUUUAUAACAUCUGAAGAAAUCCGUCUGUCCUUGGUUUAUCUGCCUACUCUACAGCUCUCCUGCUCCCCUCAGCUGGAGUCAGCUGUCCUGUCUGAUUCUGCUCCCUGGACUGCAUUGCAGUGGCUUCCAAUUGCCUGGUGAAUUCUGCUUUAGCCCUGUGGUGCUUUAACUUCCAGGACUUUGAAAAACUUGGAUAUUGGGGGCUGGAGAGAUGACACAUUGUUUAAAGAAUUGGCUGUUCUUCCUAAGGACCUGGGUUCAAUUCCUAGCACCCAUAUGGUGGCUCACAAGUGUUUGUAACUCAAUUCCAGUGGAUACAACUCCCUCAUACAAACAAGCAUGUAGAACCAAAAACAAAACACAUUAAAUUAAAAAAAAAAAAAAAAAAAAAAAAGAAGCCUUAGACAAUGACAUACAGAUUUAUAAAAAAAUAGUCAUACUUCCUUGUGGUACAUUUUCUGUGUUAACAGCUACUAUACUGUUAUUCUGCUGACUGAAUAAAGUGACUUACCAGCAGCCAGUUAGCCAGGGGUUCUUUUAUCUGUAGGUUCUUGGCCUGCAGAACUCUGGUUCACACAACUGCUCACUGGGGAACUGCAGGUCUCUGUUCUCCAUGACUUGGAGCAAAGGCACAGGCAAGGUCCUGGCGGUGAGGUUUCCUGUUUGCACUCUUGGCUUCUCUCUGAGCCCCAAGAUCAUAUUAGACAUAGCUUCUCAGACAUGAUGUCAUUACCUCAAGCGCAUAAACAAAUCAGGACUUAAGAGUGUAGGCCCUCCAAGAGUGUGUCCUAUCAUGGUGCCAGGGCUCCUCUGCUCUCUGUGGCAACCAUCCCCAGGCAGUAUGGAGCCCUGGACAGUGCCAGCCUGGGCAUGAACGACUGAGCACCUUUAGCAGCCAUGUUCUUUCCUUCUGAGGUCAGUGAGAGUUGUGACAAAGAAGGACACGGUAGUCUUUUCAUCUUCCUGAUUUUACACUCAGUUUUGAUGCAGGGGUUUGUUGGGCUUUGGAAUACAUGUGGCAGCAGUAAUUUUAUUGAAGCAACUGCAUUGAAAUUCAUUGAAAUGGUUUUCUCCUCAGAACGUAUCAAAUAAGUAUUCUGUAAAGCCAUUCCGGAUGGCCAGCAUGCUAUGGGCUGGUUAUAGAACAGCAUUCUGUGUUGGUCUGCAUCAAAAAUAGUUUGCAUAAGAUAGUCUUGGUUACCAUCUAAAAUAACUUAAAAUAUUCCUCACAUAAAAAAUUUAUGUUGUAUUUUUAAAACCUUUAGGGCUUUAUCUAUUUUUCUAAGUCGUUAACUGUACUUUUUAAAAAAGUAUUUUGUAUCUACUUUUGUAACUUCAUCAGAAUAAACUAUAUUGAAAGCAAAAA